AUGAAUGAAUUGAGUAAACGAAAUAACAAGUGUGACCAGAUUGUCAUGGAGCUAUCGAUAGACAUCAUAAUUGAAAUAUUGCAUCGGUUUCCUUCAAAGUCCCUUGCGAGGUUUAAAUCUGUGUCUAGGAGUUGGGCACUACAUGUAUCUAAUUGUCGUUCUCAGAGAUUCAGUACUCGUACUAUUGGAUUCUUUUACCAACCUAUGCGUACACAUUCCCAAAUUCAUUUUCUCUUCACUUCAUCAGAGAAUAAGGUUAAAGGAAAUUUCGAUGAGUCUGUAAAUUUUCUAAAGGGUUGUCACCUACACCUUAUUGCAUCAUCGAUAGGAUUUCUCCUUUGUUGUGAGCAAGAAAUAUAUCAACGACAUUACUAUGUUUAUAAUCCGGCCACAAGGCAAUACUUUUCCCUCCCACAAGUACCAACAGGUACUAAAAAUGUGGAACUAGCUGGGAUAAAUGUACAAACAUGUGCUAAGUAUGUGGCGAUUGGGUUUAAUUGCAAGUUGGAUGAUAUUAAUAAUGAUGUUAUCUCGUUCACUGUAGUUCGGUAUCAAAUUCCUGCAGAAUCAACGGUAACAAUUGAAAGUUUCUCUUCUCAAAGUAAUGUUUGGACUGAAAUAACUUUUGCACUUCAAAUUCCUCUUGUUUUUUAUCGCUGCCACUACCAUCCUUCAAAGUGGCUAAAAUCAGGAGGCGCUAUUGACGGAGUGUUCUAUUGGCUUGACUUUAGUUCUCGAAUCAAUGUAUAUGAUAGUGUGAAUAUGUGUUUCUGGUCUCCAGACAUACCUGAUGGGCUCACCCUAUCAAUAUUGGAGAUCUCUAGGUGUAUCAGGGGGGAUCCUAUGCUAUGCAAGUUUGUAUCAAGGACUUAG